CCCGCCCCAUCAACACGCCCUUCCUUCCUUCCCAUUCCCAUCCUCUUCCCCUUAAACCACAGCAGCGCCGCCACCGCCGCCCCUCCUCGCCGGAGGAAAGCGCCAUGGAUCGGUACCAGCGGGUGGACAAGCCGCGGCCCGAGGCCGCUGCCAUCAGCGAGAACGAGAUCCGCAUCACCACCCAGGGCCUCAUCCGCAACUACAUCACCUACGCCACCUCCCUCCUCCAGCAGGAAAAACAGGUGAAAGAAAUUGUGUUGAAGGCUAUGGGACAGGCUAUUAGCAAGACAGUGGCUAUCGCUGAGAUCAUAAAGAAGAGGAUUCCUGGGUUGCAUCAAGAUACAUUAAUCAGUUCGAUCAGUAUUACUGAUGUAUGGGAGCCCAUCGAAGAAGGCCUUGUACCAUUGGAGAUGACUCGUCAUGUUUCAAUGAUCUCAAUUUCCUUAUCGCCUAAGGAGCUUAACAAGAAUUCACCUGGGUAUCAAGCUCCGCUGCAUUCAGAACCACUUAAGCCAAAAAGAUACCAGCAACCUCAGCAGUAUCAACAGCACCAGCCAAGACAAAAUCAAGGUCAAACAGAUUCAUAUGGACGCGGCCGUGGUAGAGGCAGGGGGCGAGGUAGGGGCUGGGGUGGCAGGGGUGGGUAUGGUGGAGGCUAUGGUGGAUAUGAUAACAAGCAAGGAGGCUAUGGUGGAUAUGAUAACAACCAAGGAGGUUAUGGCAGAUAUGGACACCAAGGGGGUUAUGGACAUCAAGGUGGAUAUGGCAGUCAGGGAGGAUAUGGCCACAACCAAGGUGGUUAUGGGGGGUAUGGUUACAACCAAGGUGGAUAUGAAGGAUAUGAAAAUGGUGGCUGGAACUACAACCGUAACAGAGGUGGUGGUGGUGGUGAUGGCAGCCGAGGAAGAGGCAACUGGGGGGGAUAUGGUGGUCCUGGAUAUGAACGUGGUGGCAGAGGUGCAGGUGGCCCCGGCGGCAGGGGCUAUGUGCGAGGACAUGGACGAAUGGGUGGUUUCCGUGGGCGGGGCAACCAAAACUAUUAGAUCAUCUAACCCGGUCAUGGGGUGCUGUAUUGCAAACAAAAACGAAAAAUAAAUAUAAGGGCGCUAUCCAUGGAUGGAACUGUAGUUCUGUUUCCUAGUCCUCCCAGUUUUUAGUAUAAUCGCCAAUGGUCUGUGCCAUUGCUUCAAUUCUGUGGGAUUUUGACGAGAAUGUUAAGUUUUUCCUGUGACACCUUUCCUGUAUUUAAGAGUGCAUUUUUUGAUAGUUUACCAGUUUCCAGAUCA